UUCUUCACAUGUUUUACUUACGCUUUUAAACAGUUGGUACUUUAGUGACCUGACGUCAUUAUGAUACAGCACUGGUUCGCACUGAAACCACUGGAAACUUCAGCCAUCGGCCCCCUAAUCGUCCAAUCAUGGCCUGGAACACCUGGCAGUUUCCAGUUACCCCGAAAACAGUACCAUUGGGCAGAGGAAAGUACCUGACGUUACUGUCGUCUGUUGUCUGAUACGUACUAACUUGCGUUGCCCAGAGUCCCCUCGUCAUUAUGUUCUUAAACCCUUAAAAAUCCAUCAACAGCCUCAAAAGUGCCCCAUUCAACCCCCAUUGGCACUCCUCUGCCCUCUGCCCUCUGCCCUCUGCCCUCUGCCUUUUAUCCUCCUCGAUCUCCUCUCUCUUCCCUCGACUUCCCCUUCUCCUCACUGUUGUCGGGGAUCAACUCUCCCAGCUGCCAACGAAAGCUUGGGUCUCGCAGAUCACACCAGGCUCAAGUCACGUGAUCUCACAGCAACUUACGCCCAAUCCGCCAAACCUGAUUUACAUUGAGCUCUGGUGGGUCUGGCGAUUUACUUGUAACUCGUUGUCAUACUUACAACGGCUUCUGCAUGAACGACAUCUCGAUGCUACUAUAGAGAGAACCUCAUCAGCCCUCAGUUGGCAGAGGUUUUCUAGGCCCUUCGCCCAUUUAGCCAGUAUGUUUGCCCGAAGGAAGAGAGCUGCGUCGAAUCCGCACCCCAACCUUAACGUCAACGCGGACCCUUCUGCGACGACAGCGGCUGCCCAGGCGUUCCUGGCUCGAAGCAAAUCUAAUGCGACACUUUCCGCCGCCGCCGCAGCGACAGCGCUGCGAUCGCGGCCGACAUCUCCGACCAACGUCGCUGAGGUCCAGACGAAGCGAACGAUGCGCAGGGAGAAUUCCGGUUCCCCGAGAGCAAGCUCCGUGCCAGCGCGAGCAUCCUCCCAAUUGGAACGGCGGCGGAGUUCUAGUUCGAUGUCCGAAAGGACAUUUCGCGACCCGUCGCCAGUCAGAGGAGCCGCACGACCGAGCGCACCAGAUGCGCCGCCUGUGCCGACAAUACCGGAGAACCUGAUUGAGCAAGCGUCGCCGACUCCAGUGAGGAGGCCGUCUAGCGUCCAGCCCGCGCCAACCCGUGUUUCAUCCCCACCAGUGAAUCCAGGGACCGGGAGAGGGCUUAGUCUGCAACCUACAAUGAGGACACCAGCGCAGACGAGAUCCGGACCGCGUGUCACCAGUAUGUCCAAUAUUCAGGAGCUAACCAGUGUAGAUCGGCCGAGCAGUAGAGGGUCCGUCAAUUUCUCUUUACCCACUAGCCUACGACGAAGCUCUUCAGCUGCGCAAUGGAUGCUAACUCCAAGACAAUCCAGUCAAGCUUUAAAUGGGAGUGAGCUUGUGUUUGACCCAAAUACGAGAACUCUUCGGACACGCGCCGAUAUGUUGUUCUAUGAACAGGGAUUACGAGAGGCUUCACAAAAGCCUGUUAUGAGGAAGAAGAACCUGCGCCAAGAGCAAGGGUCUCAUUUUUCGGAGGGGUCGGUUGGGGGGAGGCUAAAAGGGACCGCACUUGAUGGCUUACAAAGGCAGAACGUCCACGAGAGACAGGCGCAACAAACUUCGCAGGGUAUACUGAGUGAAGAGUUCCCACGGAGCCAACGAGUCGCAAGUCCGCGCAACAGCAUACGAGACUCAUCAGACAACGAAAGCGAAGCGUCGGAGAGAACGUCGAAAUAUAAUAACCGGGCUGGGUCACAGCAGUUGUCAAAUAAACCCUCGAUGGUGAGGGAAGAGAGGCAACGGGAAGAAGACGAAGAUGAUUCUGUGAAGGUACUAGGCCGUCAAGCGGCUCUCAGGAAACUGGAAAGCGCCAAUCGCGAUGACCGUCAUAUUUCUCCGUCGCCCUUGCCUCGCUCGAAACCUGGGAGAGCGAGGAAACAAGCUGAAAAUAUUGGGUCUAAUGUUCAACAAGACCAGCCACGGAUGGAGGUAACAGAGGCGCCGGUUACCCAGGCGGAAACCGCACCUGCACAAAUACCGGCGCCAGCACAAGAAACAGCUCCCAAACCAGAAGCUCCGAUUGCUCUGGCGCCGCUCGACACGGCAACAAAAGCUCCGAUAGCUCUGGCGCCGCUCGACACGGCAACAAAAGCUCUUCGCAUGGAGAAGCAGGCAGACAGAGCACACUCAGUCAGCCCUACCCGUGCGCAUUUCCUCGCGACUCCAAGCCCAGUAAGCCAAUUUUCAAUACGCCACGAGCCGCCGGCACGAUCAAUAUCGCCUCGCAAAUCGGCGCUGAAACCAUCGCCGUCGCGGGGCCCGUCUCCUAUGGGGUAUACCCCUACUGGCUGGACGGCUGGUCCCAGCUCUGGCGAUGUCUCCGAUGCGUCGACGAAUCAAUCCGAAGAACGAACCGUACCAAAGAAGAAGUCUGUGCGUGUCAGUUUUGACGAGCGCAACAAUGUCGUCGUUGGCGAAGAGCCUGAAGUGCCCGAGGCCAGACGGACGUGGACCAGCGGCUAUAUCCGAGGAAACAAAGCCACAUCUCCCAUCGAGGAUGGACCGGAUGAAAUUAUGGGCCCAAGGCCCGUCUUACCGUCCUUCGGCAGCGUGCGUAAGAAGCAGCCCAAAGAUUUAGAAGAUCGCCCUCUGGUGAAGCCAGUAGGUCCUCAGGGCCCCUCACCUGCGAUUUCUCCAUCCAGUAGUGGAAGCGAGUAUUUCGCAGGCCAGUCUUCCAACCAUGCUGUUGGGUCUUUAUUGCAGCAGGAGCGGAACUUAAGGGCUGCGCCAAGCGUGUCUAAUUCGAACGAUCAACUGCCGCCGGAGGUUAUUUCGGUCGAGGGAAGCGGAUACGUUUCCGAUAGUGGAAGUAGCACCCACAGCUUCGUGGUGGGGAAGGCCGUGACUGUUCAUCUAGCUGUCAAGGGUGGGGAUGCGCAGAAGACGGCUGAGGCUGGUGGAAAGCCCGGCUUUAUUGAGGAUCUUGGAGUUAUUCCGGAAGUCGAGACCCCGGGUGACGAUGCUGUCCGCGAACAACUGGAGGAGUUUCCUACAGAGCCCCGCCAGGAGGAUGCUGCCGCCCAUGACUCCAAGACCAACGGAAACGGCAAUGCUCCGACUUUUACGGUUACACAGCCAACACCGCUGCCAGAGCAAGGGGAGUUCCAGCAUCAAAGCCCGAGUGGUUUGAACGGCAAUACCUGGGAAUCUGAAAAUGCAAAGGAGAUCCCACUAAAAGAUUAUAUUGCCGGAAAGAAGGUUGCAGGGGGGGCAGUCGCCGUGCAAAAUAUUCUCGAUGUCCACCCUGUCACCGCGGAUGCGGAAUCUUCUGAUGGCGACAGCAUUUACAGCGAUGCUGCCGAAGAAUUAUCAAACAAUGGUGAUGGCUUUAUGUCUCUAGACGACGUUUUGGGUGGCAAAGAACCUAGUGUCAAAGCCGCGGAGACACCAAAAGCGCCUGAUUCGGGCGAAGGAUGGGAUGAGUCCCAGCGUUUCUGGAGCGGUUUAUCGGCAGACAAACGGCGACAGAUGGAACUCGAUGCCCUUCUUGAGAACGACGAAGAGCGCGAAGAGCGCGAAGACUCAGAAGACGAAGUGCCAUAUCUGAAGCCGCUGAAGCAAGCAUCUGUUGCAAAGGCUGAAACGACCGUUAAGGAGAAGCAACGGGCCAAAAACGCAGCCGCUGCAGGUGUGAUUGACCGAACGUAUCAGAUUACCCCUGGUGCCAAGGCAGGACCCGACGGUGUGCCACGUGCGCCAAAGCCCAGGCAGGAAGAUGGCCAUAUGCGAAUGUCAAUGCGAGACAAUGCUGGAGGCAGCAUGCAAAGCAACACAUCUGGCCACCCGAGAGAAGGUAAGAAGCUACAAGCUGGAGGCGCUGCGGCAGCAAUGAGGGUGAACGCUCCUAAGCCUGCGCCCACACCCAAACCCACGCUUUGCCGCAGCGCAUCUGUAGAGUCUGACAGUAGCUUUGUCCGUGACAGGCCGCGAAAAGAAGGCUUCCAGAUGAAGCGCUCGAUGCGAGGCUCCUACAGCAGGGAAGCUCCCACUCUUCGUGGCCCCAGCCCAGUAGACGCAACACCUGCGCAAUCCAGCCGCUUUAGCAUCCGCUCGCUCUCUCCUUCCUCCCGCAGGCUCUCAAUUAGUAGCACCACCCGCCCAACGCCUUCUCUCCGCACUGCACCCGACGAACCCCCCAAAUCGCCUCGCCGUCUCUUCAGCCGGACCAAAGCAAUUCCAGCGCCAAAGGCAUUCAAGCCCAGUAGCCGCUUCGCCGACUCAAGCGACGAGGAGGACGCCCGCCCCGCGACCACCUUCCGCAGCCGCUUCGCCGACUGUAGCGACGAAGAGGACGACGUACCACCGCCACCUGUCACAGGCUCGUUCCGCCGCCCACGGAGCUUAAGACCCAUACCGCGCUCCAGCGCCGCCGACGGCGACUCGAGCGACCUGCCUGAUAGCGAUGACUCGCCUCCCUUCCGCGGUGCAUCUGGCGUCAACGCAGCUGCGUUGCGCAUGGCCCGCGCCAACUUCGAGGGCGGCGGCAACGCGACAGAAAUUUCUGCCGCUGAUUUCCGUGAAGCCCCGCGUAAGAAGGGGGGACUGAUGAGUAUCCUUCGCCGCAAGAAGCCGGAGCAGUCGGGACGCAUUCAGCGUACGGACUGGGACGAAUCGGCAGCCAGGAGGGAUACACCACUUGAGCGCAGCAAGACCGAUUUGGAGGUCGUGAAGAGCAGAGAUGGGAAUGUGAGAUCGGUGCAGAGCCCGAGGUUACAAAAGAGAGCUGGGCCGCCGAGGACGGCGAGGUACCAGGCUCCGCCUACUGUUGAGGCGCAGGCGGAUGGGAGGCCGGCGACUAGUGAUGGGGUUGCUGAUGAAUGGAAGGCCAAUGGGGAGGGGGGUGGUGUUGUUAAUGGGGCUUCGGCGUCGAGGCCGGGGGUCCUAAGGCGGAAUAGUACGGCCGGGUCUGUCGAGAUAAUUGGGGGGGAUGGGAAGAAGAAGAAGUUUGGGCUAUUACGGCGCUUAUUUGGCAACUGAGUUGGAUAUCGUGUCUGGUUUUGGGUCGCUGCUGGUUGCUGUAAUACAUAUGGCCUGGGGAUGGGGGUUAAAGGGGUAAAAAGGGAUAUAUACACGAGGGUCUGGCUGGGGGUUGGCGCAUUCACGGCUGGGAAGUGGGCGGAUGAUAAUUUCUGGAGGAGUGUAUAUACGUUGUACCUUACACAAGACCAUACGGCUUUUCCUUAUGUUGCAUGCAAGCUAUAAUAUAUAUACGAGAACAGUUAAUCUGGCGUCUGAAACCUAC